AGUGUAUAAAAAGGUAAAAGAGAGCUCGGAUCCGGCCUCUGCUAAAAUCCAACAUCAUCAUAACUUUGAGCCGGCAAGGGUUGUUGAAUUUGGAUGUUGGGCAUUUUCGCUCGGUCACCACAACGACCCCGCUUCCACCACCAUACAGAACGAGUGAGAAGCGUAAGGUUGUGAGACUCCCAACAUGGUGCAGUUGAGUGCAUCCCCAGAGCCCGAUAUGUCCCCCUCUCCAUCUCGACACUCAGGGGAGGUUGAGGAGAAGCAUGGAAGCCCAAAGUCUGACUGCUCUCCGCGCUCCCUCACCUCCCUGCAGCUUGCACUCUCUGCCUCCACCACCGCCUAUCCCGGCUACGAGACUUACAUAGAGGAUGGCCUUAUCUGCCUCAAGCACAAGAUUCGUAACAUUGAGAAAAAGAAGCUAAAACUGGAGGAGUACAGGAGGCGCUUAAAGAGUGGUGAAAAACUCAAUGAAGACCAACUGGAUGCAGUGAAGAAGUAUGAAGAAGUUAUCCAUAACCUGGCAUUUGCAAAAGAGCUGCACAAGACCCUUAGUUCAUUGACACAGGACCUGCUGAAGGCUCAGAAGAAGGCGGUGAAGCGUGAGCAGGUGGUGAGGAUGGAGGCUGAGCGCAAGCGCCUGUGCACCGUGCUGCAGAUGCAAUACGUCCUGCAGAGCCUCCAGCACGAGCACGUCAGGAAGGACGUCCUGAACAGCGCCAGCCGCCCGCUGCUCAUCUCCGCCAAGGAGCUGGAGGGCCUGCGGGACCUUGGUACCCUGCUGAACCGCAAGAAGGAUGACCACAGCAGUUUGGAAGAUGAAAUGAUGCGAGGAGCUAUUGUCUAUUGGGAGCUUCUGGAGGGGAAGGAGAAACCAGUUGUUGGUCACACAUAUAAGCACAUGAAGGAGUGGCUGGCAAAGCUGAUGGAUUGUGGGUACUUUGACCAAGUCGUGGCUCCCAAAGACCAGAAGGAAUCAGAGAAUCAUGUGAGACCAGGAGGUCUUGCAGCCCUUGUGAAGUUCAGGACAAAUGAAGUGCCUACCAGAGUGUUUCUUAACAGACACUAUAUACCUGAUGAAGGCCUCAAUGAUGGGAGUCUGGACAAGAACUCCCCUUCGCUUAACUGGAAAGAAGACUUCUUGGCCCGCAAAGAGCAGGAGCCUCCAGACUCAUGGGAAAUGGAGUUCAAUGAUGCGCCACCUUCCUCGAAGACUACAGCACUACAAAAACCAAGCAGAGGGGCAGCUGGUUUCAUCCUGAAAGAUCAGAGCUCUGUGAAGAAACCCAACACUGAACCUAAACCGAAAGCUCAGAGAAGACCUAAAUCUGGACAGGAUGUAAAAUCAGCAUCUCGAACAGAGACUCCAGUGGAGGUGUUCAACUCGCCAUCUCCUCUGCCCAAAGAUCCCAUUUUACGAAAGCAGGAGCUGGACGACUUGAUGGGUCAGAUUUCAGGAUCCUUCAGCUUCAUGCAGGAGUCAUUACUGGAUGGUGAAGCGCCUCAAACACAUGUGCAUCCUAGGAUUUGUUGUCCCUCUCCUGUACCCUCUCCUGUACCCACCCCUCCACUUGCCCGGAGGGAAUCCAGUGAUAGUUCAGAUGACCACCCUCCCAAAUCCAUGCAUUCUACCCCACUGCCUUCAAAACAUCUUGCCAAAGAGGGUAAUACUAGUCUGACCAAUGGGAAUAAGAGUCUGGACAACUGGGACCUGAAUGCCCAUUCAGUGGAAGAGGUAGAGGAGAAACCACAGUUGUCUAGUCGAGAGGGCUUUGAGUCUCCCCCACUUUUCCGCCGCAAGUCUAGUAUCCCGAUCACGCCGGAAGAGAAACUGCCUCCUGAAACUCCUGUGCCACAGCCAGAGCAGCAGCAGUCUCCUCGUGAUGUGGUGACGCCUCCAGCCACGGAGUCAGCUCAAGCCUUCUCCACUCCACCAAACCGCCAAGCUCACAGCAUCUCAGCCCCGUCUGCUCCCUACCAGUCUAUGCAUCCUGUGUUCAAAGUCAGUGUGCCUACACCAUUAAGCAGUGGGUCUUACUUGAAGCCUGACGGCACACCACUCUCUGGAUCCAAUUGUGUGAGAUAUGCCACUGCCAGCACCCAGACCCCACCUGAGCUCAACCCACCUGAGGCGGAAAACCUUCAGCCAGAUGACCUGAUCCAGUCCGAGUGUAUGGUGGUUAGUGGUGGCCAGAUGUACACAAUGGGACGCCCGGGCCAGCCUUACCAUGUGCGGGGCUCUGUCAGAGGUAUGGGACGCGCGGGCAGGGGACUGGCGCACUACGUCCGCUCACCUGGUGGCCACAGAGGAGGGUUUGAUGGGUACAGAACCAGCCCCAGAUCUGCUGGAGGUUUUGUUCCACAGUCUUAUUCGAUGAGAGACAUGACAUCCACUCCCAUUAAUGCAAGGGAGGGCGGAUACCAUUCUAAUUACAAACAUGGUGGCCCAGGGGGACAGAGGGCCAACUCCAGUGCUGGAUGGAGCGACUCGUCUCAGGUGAGCAGCCCUGAUCGGGAGGGGACGUACAUGGUGGACCUGGUGGACUCUGGCCACGGUGACUCGCUCUCCGCCGACAUGCCGAUCACUCCCCAGGGGGCGCACACCCUCAUGCCCCUGCACGUGUACCCCAUCUCCCAGCAGAUCAGGGUGGCCUUCUCCGCCGCCCGCACCUUCAACUUCGCCCCGGGCACUCUCGACCAACCGAUCGCCUUCGACCUGCUGCACAGCAAUGUCGGCGAGAUGUUCGACAUGCCGUCCGGGCGCUUCACCUGCCCGGUGUCGGGCACCUACGUCUUCAUCUUCCACAUGCUCAAGCUGGCGGUCAACGUGCCGCUUUACAUCAACCUCAUGCGCAACGACGAGGUGGUGGUGUCCGGCUACGCCAACGACGGAGCGCCUGACCACGAGACGGCGAGCAACCACGCCGUGCUGCAGCUCUACCAAGGCGACCAGUUGUGGCUGCGGCUGCAUCGGGGCGCCAUCUAUGGGAGCAGCUGGAAGUACAGCACCUUCUCAGGCUUCCUGCUGUAUCAGGACUGAGCCACACGCAUGCAGGGUAGCCUUGCUUCUGGGUUCAGCCAGAGCCCAAAGCACAAGUGUGUCUGUGUGUGUGGUGAAGCUGCAUGUGCAGAGUUUCAGCGAGCCACAAGUUAGCACUUGUAUUUCAGUUUGGAGUGUUGGGGAUUGGAUCAAGUCCCCUCUGGCCUUUCAGAACAAUCAUCAACCACUUGUACCCCUACUUAAUAUUCUAACCAUUUCUGAUUCAAUCAGGGGACAUUCAUUUGGAUGCCAGCAGCACUGCUGGACUGGCACCAUUUUCUUGUGACCUUGAAAAAUGUCUUGUAGCUGUUACGCACAUUACUGACCAAAUAUAGCAGUCUUCACUGUGCACUUUGCCAAAUCGUCCUUACUUGGUGGAAAGUUUGUUUCUACUAAUUGUUGAUGGGUGAUCGUAGGGUUUCUGAGCCAUACAGCAUUAAUACAAAGUGGAUUUAUUUGUUUGUUUUUCUUUUCCUAUCCCCUUUUAUUUAUUUCAACUCUACCGUGGCUUUUGAGUGGAGAAUGUAACGGACAUUACUUGACUAAUUGAGCACUUUAACAGGAAAACCCAAAGUGUUGCCUUGUAUUGGAGGGUGUGGUGUGGGUUGGGCUGUGUGUAUGCACUGGAAAAGGCUAAUAUGCUUGAAGUUGAAAGAUGCCUCUGUGCCUAAAUAAAUGAAGAAAUU